UGGGACCUGGUUUGCAACCGGAAGACGCGGAGACAGAUGGCCCAGUCCAUUUACAUGGGAGGAGUUCUUGCUGGUGCUCUUAUACUUGGGAGCUUAGCAGACAGGUUCGGCCGCAAAGCAAUCUUAACUUGGUCCUACCUCCAGAUGGCUGUUUCGGGGGUGUGCACGGCUUUUGCUCCCAAUUAUGCAGCCUAUUGUGCCUUCCGGUUCCUGGUUGGCAUGGCGCUCUCUGGCAUUGUCCUCAACUGCAUGUCUUUAGUCCUGGAAUGGGUACCCACCAACACCCGCACCAUUGCUGGCACACUGGUGGGGUAUUCUGCCACCUUUGGGCAAAUCAUCCUUCCUGGUCUGGCAUACGCGCUUCCAGAUUGGCGCCAGCUACAAUUCACCGCAUCCAUGCCGUUCUUCAUUUUCUUCAUAUACUCGUGGUGGUUUGCAGAAUCGGCCCGGUGGCUGGUGCUGUCCGGUAAAGCAGAACAGGCGGUCGACGUGUUGAAGAAGGUGGCUCAGCUGAAUGGGAAGAAAGACGAAGGAGAGAAACUCAGCACCGAGGUCUUGAAAUCCAGCAUGCAGAAGGAAAUGACAUUGGCCCAGUCGUCCUACACCUUCGCCUCCUUGGCCCGGACGCCCACGGUACGCCGGAUCUCCUGCUGCAUUUCCAGCGUGUGGUUUGCAACCAGUUUCGCUUACUACGGCCUGGCGAUGGACCUCCAACAUUUCGGCUUCAGCAUCUACCUCAUCCAGGUGGCCUUUGGUACUAUUGAUAUCCCUGCCAAGCUGGGCUCGGCCAUCGGCAUGAGUUACAUCGGAAGGAGGGCCACACAGGCUUCAUCUGUUAUCUUGGCCGGGCUGGCCAUUUUGGUCAAUAUCUUGGUACCCUCAG